CUGCUGUGUUAAUUGACACUUAUCCUGUUUACAAGUCGUUCGCACCUAGCGUUUUAACCUCUUUAAAUCAAUGGUACAUUGAGAAUUUUAACGAUCCAUUUUUCGUAAAAAACCCAACAUGGUUCAUCUCUUGUUUGUAUAUUGAGGCUUUGUCAAUACCUCUCUUUAUUUAUGUGACUAUUGGAUUAUUGAAAGAUAGCUCGAAUAUUCGUCUUCCGAUGUUGAUUUAUUCCGUACAUGUUUCCACUACAACUUUCGAAUGUCUUAGUGAACUUUUCUUUGGAGAUCAUGAAGAAUUAUUGAAAAAUCAAAGAGCUCUUUUAUU